GCUCCUUUCUUCCUUUUAUUAUUCGUUUUCCAAUUGUGGCGUUACAACAAGAGCAAGCUUCGUGAAGCAAUCGCCUAAAACGCAAGGAAACAAUAAUAGUUUUACGUGCUCGUUCUCGCUCCCCAGGAUUUUGCGAGGUAACGAUUACUCACGUUUACAAGAUGAAAAGGAUUCACCGCGUUCUUGUUGUGCAACUUGGUGGAGUAGUACCAACGUACCAGCAGUUUAUCUUGUGCUCCCACUCAAAUCACACGAAAAAAGCCGUUCUUUACCGCGGGCUUUUAGAUCACGUCUUGUUCAUGACAACUUUUGGCUUCCCUGCGCUUCCCUUUAUUUACUCUCUAGCCUCUCCUUGGUCGAGAGUUGUCUGUCGGCCAAUUUUGAUAAUGCAGUUCCUCGUCAAUCUGUGCUGCUGCUGCUGCUGCUUGGGAUUUCUGGCUGGAUUCGUCGCUGGAGCUCCAGCCUCUGAUCUUGUCAAAGAUCUCCCAGGCCAGCCCGACGUUUCGUUCAAGCAGUAUGCCGGAUACGUGACAAUUGACCAGCGAUCGGGCAAGGCACUGUUCUACUACUUUGUCGAGGCAGAGGAGGAUCCCACGAGCAAGCCCCUCUCGCUCUGGCUCAAUGGAGGACCCGGAUGCUCGUCGCUCGGAGGUGGUGCGUUCACGGAGCUCGGCCCUUUCUACCCGGACUCCAAAUCGGAUGGCCUGGUCAGGAAUUCUAAGGCCUGGAACAAAGCAUCAAACGUCUUGUUCGUGGAUUCGCCCAUCGGGGUUGGAUGGUCAUACUCCAACACCAGCUCGGACUACCAAACUUACAACGAUGAAAAGACGUCCAGAGAUCUGGUCAAAUUUUUGCAUGGAUGGUUUAUUAAAUUCCCCGAGUACAGACACAGGGAAUUUUACAUCACGGGAGAAAGCUACGCUGGGCAUUACGUUCCCCAGCUGGCCGUUCGUUUGCUAAAUCACAACAAGCUAGCAAAGAAGAGCCAUCAGUUUAAUCUCAAAGGACUUGCUAUUGGUAAUCCGGCACUGAAUAGCGCAAUCGACGAUGAGGCCACCUACGACUAUUACUGGUCACACGGUUUGAUCUCGGACAAGACCUACCAGGGGAUCGUCCACAAUUGUAACUGGCACGACUACGAUUACUCAGGGCUCAACCACAACGUUAGCGUUGAGUGCGUCAAAUAUAUCAGUCAAACGAACACCGAAGUGGGUCAAAACGUCGAUCCGUACGACGUCCUCCUCGACGCAUGCCUGCCCGAGGCAGUCCACCAGGAGUUCCGCUUAAGAAAGAUGAAAUCCCAAAGGAGCAUAGGAGUUGAUAUUUGCAUCACGAGAGAGCGAACCAGGUACUUUCGAAGGCCGGAAGUCCAGAGGGCCUUGCACGCCAACACCACAGGGCUGCCGUACGAGUGGUCAAACUGUGAGGGGUACGGGCAUCUCCUUGUUUUGCUUUCUAGACUUAGCUUGUUUUGCGGGAUUGGUAGGCCUCUCUUCUAUGAUAACGGAAAUCUCAACAUUGACAUGGUCACUGUGCUGGAAAAUUUGCUGGUUCAAGGCCUCCGGAUUUUCAUUUACAGCGGAGAUGCGGACUCGGUGGUACCAUUUCUGGGGACCCGGACGAUAAUCGACAGCAUUGUCAACAGGCUCAGGCUCAAAACAUUGGUUCCAUACUCCGCAUGGUAUUCUCAAAGCCAGGUGGCUGGGUGGACGCAAGUUACUGGAAACUUGACCUUUGCCACGGUCAAAGGCGCCGGACACAUGGUUCCGUAUGCUCAGCCCAUGCGAGCCCUGGUCAUGUUUCAAGCGUUCGUGAACAACAAAAACCUUCCACGCCAGUAGCGAUGACUACGCGAAUUCUUUUUUUCUGAUGUGGUUUCAUAAAAAAAAAAUGGAACCAUGUAUCAUCUCCUAACCGUUUUCCUCCACUCGUUGACUAAUC